GCCCACUUACAAAUCCUUCCCGCCACAACUCUCCCUCUCUCUGGAACGCAAUCAUGAUAUAAAUCUAGGGCACAUACACACACUUGGGCCAAGCUUGAUUGCAAUUGUAGCCAAACCCCAUUUUAUUUCAGCUUCAAUUUCAAAACCCCAGAUCAGAGAAAUGGGGAUACAAGGGCUUUUACCCCUGUUGAAAUCAAUAAUGGUGCCUAUACAUAUCAAAGAUUUAGAGGGCUGUUCUGUUGCUGUUGACACGUAUUCUUGGCUUCACAAAGGGGCGCUUUCGUGCAGUAAAGAGCUUUGUACAGGCCAGCCCACUACAAAGCAUAUUGCCUAUUGUAUGCAUAGAGUGAAUAUGUUGCGGCAUCAUGGUAUUAAACCAAUUCUUGUCUUUGACGGAGGUCAUCUACCAAUGAAGGGUGAGCAAGAGAACAAGCGAGCAAGGUCGAGAAAAGAAAAUUUUGAACGGGCACUUGAGCAUGAAUCAGGUGGUAAUCGAUCUGCUGCUUACGAGUGCUAUUCAAAAGCUGUUGAUAUUACACCCUCUAUUGCAUAUGAUCUGAUUCAGGUAUUAAAACAGGAGAAUGUUGCUUAUGUUGUGGCUCCUUAUGAGGCAGAUGCCCAAAUGACCUUCUUGGCUGUGAACAAACUGGUUGAUGCAGUCAUAACUGAGGACUCAGACUUGAUACCAUUCGGUUGUCCAAGAAUCAUCUACAAGAUGGACAAGUUUGGGCAAGGUGUUGAGUUUCAUUCUUCUCUUCUACAACAAAACAAGGAUCUAAAUCUAACAGGUUUCACCAAGCAGAUGUUUCUAGAGAUGUGCAUUUUGAGCGGUUGUGACUAUUUGCAGUCUUUGCCUGGAAUGGGCCUGAAAAAGGCCCAUGGUCUUGUUAAGAAAUUCAAAAGCUAUGACAAGGUUAUUAAGCACUUGAAGUAUAGUAAUAUUGCAGUUCCUCCUCUGUACGAAGAAUUUUUCAGAAAAGCACUACUAACAUUCCAACAUCAAAGAGUUUAUGACCCAAUCAAAGCAGAUAUCGUACAUUUAUCUGACAUUUCUUACAAUGAUGGGGAAGAUAUAGAUUUCUUAGGCCCAUCGAUAUCCCAGCAUAUAGCUAAGGGCAUUGCAACAGGCGAACUUGAUCCCUUUACUAAAUUGCCAUUUCAGCAGGGUAAGUGUGUUACAACUGUGUCAGUGCUUGAUGGAACUGGUCAACCUUACAAUACAAAGCCUGAAGGGGAAAGGAAAAAGAUCGAUUUGCCCGUGCAGAAAAAUCUUCUGACCAACUACUUUUGUUUUGCAUCUCUUGAAGCAAAGAGAAAAUUUCGGGUCCCUCGAGUAACAUCUAAUAAUCCUGAGAUGAGUAUUAAAGUUAACACUAGCGAAGAUAAUAAUGAGACUGCUCUUUCUUAUAACAUGGAUUGCUCACGUCCAGCCCUGGCAUACUCUGGGGAACUGGAGAAUAGUGACCCAACAAAAGAUUCUGUGUUGAAUGACGUGGCUCCAAAUUCAUCCUUAUCUUCGGAAUUGGCUCAUGGAACAAAUGGCAAAGAGGUAGACUUGGGAAGUCCGCAAAGCCCUUUUCUUGAUCAACCUAGGCACUCCUCUAUAUAUCCCUGCAUGGUGGUUAAUAAGGAGCAGCAACAACACAUGGAAUCAGAUACAGUUAUGGGCAAAACUAGAAUUGAGCAAAAGAAGGUGAUUGUUAGAAGCUCUUACUUCCAGAAGAAGAGUGCCAAGGGUAAUGGUCUAGAAAACAAGGAUGGCGAGCUCUUAUUAAAGGACAGUUAUUCUGCUGCUAGGUCUGUGAGUUCUAUACACAAAUAUGAAUAUAAGUCUACCUUUGACAGAACUGAGAAUGAACCAAUAUUCGAGCAAGGACACAUGAAAUCAGAUACAGUUAUGAACAAAAUGAGAGUUGAGCCAAAGAAUGUGAUUGUUAGAAGCUCUUACUUCCAGAAAAAUAGUGCAAAAGGGAAUGGUCUAGAAAACAAGAGCGGAGAGAUGUUUGUCAAGGACAGUAACCACACUGCUAGGUCAGUAAGUACCAUACAAGAAUGUCAAUUUAAGUCUGCCUUAGACAGAAGUGAGGGUGAAACAACACUUGAGGAUAGAGAUACUAUUCUUCAGAGCCCUAUCAAAUCAGUGAUAACAGCUGAUCGAGAAAAUACAAAUGAGACAAUGUUAAUUGAUGUUGCUGCCUCUGAUUCACAAGCUACUGCUACUCCAGUGCAUGAGUUUAAGUCUGCUAAAGAUGCAGCUCUGUGUAAAACAGGAGCAGAAAGUAGAAAGGUGGUAGUGAGGAGUUCCUAUUUUAAGCAUAAGGCAGAAAAGGAAAAUGAUACUAUUCAUGAUGCAGGCAAUAAGCACUACACAGGCACAAAUAGUAAACGAAAACUUGAUGACAAUGUUCAAAUAGAUAUAACGACUCGUAAAUGUUUGCGGGCAAAUGAAUCUUCUCCCAUCCAAAGUACAUGCACCUUGGAUCCAGAGGAUUCAAUGGAGACCAAGAAUGAACAAGAUAAGUUUGGAUGUAACAUUUCCCAUAUAGAUAGGUAUUCUGAUAUAGCGGGGAAAUCUGUAGACAAAUUUGCCGCGCUCAUAUCAUCCUUCAGAUACACAGCAGGUUCUCGUCCAAGUGGUCUCCGUGCUCCUCUAAAAGAUGUCCGAAACACCUGUACUAACAGUGGGAUGAAUGAUGCUGCAGAUCUGAACAAAUUCGCCUAUGUACCUACUAAGAGGAAAGAACUGUCAGCAUCUCCUCAUUCUCCGGUAAAAGAUGUCCCGAACACCUGCACUAAACGUGGGUUGAGUGAUGCUGCAGAUUUGAGCAAAUUUGCCUAUGUACCUACCAAGAGGAAGACAUUGUCAGCACCUCCUCGUUCUCCUCUAAAAGAUGCCCGGAACACCUGUACUAAUAUUAAAACGAAGGAUGUUGCAGAUUUGAGCAAAUUUGCCUAUGUACCUACAAAGAGGCUGACUUUGUCAGCAUCUCGUAGUCGUAGAUAAUAUCCUAUCAUAUGUCCAUACCUCGGUACUGGAUGUAGUGCCAUUUUAGAGCUGCUGGUCGUCGGCUGCAAUCACCUCAUACAUGUCCGUGUGGUGUUCGAAGUCAUUGAUCAGGAGGAUCUGUCACAGCUUUGUCAACUCAGUUGUAUCAUUAGUACUCAGGAGAAUUUCUGAACUCACAACUACAUUUAUCAGUGUACAUUAUGUGUUACUACACAAUUUUUAACUUUAUUCAAAUCUUGCAUUGAACAUAUAAAAUGUUGCCGUGCAAACAAUAAAACAGGAUAAGGUUGGUAACCUAACAAUUCUGAACUUUAGCUAAAGUUAAACUA